GCCUGGCAAGCGGUCAGUGUGGAGAGCCUGCCUGGUAGACACUACUGCAGGUGCCCACAGAGGUUGGACAGACCAUGGCCUGGCCAACAGCUCCACUCCUGCUGGGGUCCUGUGGGAGCCCCAUCUGUUGCCGACGCCUUCUGCUGCUUCUCCUUAGUCUCGGGUGGAUGCCACUUUUGCAGGUCCAGGCUACAAAGACGGGCCAGGAGGCCACACUCCUCCGUGCUGAACUGACCGGCACCCCUGACUUGGCCAGUCUCCCCGCCGGCCUCUUUCUUGACCUCACUUGUGGUGACGUAUCUGGCCUGAGCAUGAAGCGCGCCCAGGAGCUGGCUGUGGCUGUGAGGCAGAAGAACAUCACCCUCCAAGUGAAUCAGCUGCGAUGUCUGGCACGUCGCCUUCCUAAGUACCUCACCAAUGAGGAACUGGAUGCCCUCCCGCUGGACCUGCCGCUCUUCCUCAACCCAGUCAUGUUUCCGGGGCAACGGGCCUGUGCCCACUUCUUCUCCCUCAUCUCUAAAGCCAAUGUAGAUUUGCUCCCACAGAGAUCUCUGGAGCGCCAGAGGCUGCUGCCUGCAGCUCUGGAAUGCCAGGGCGUACAUAACUUUCAAGUGAGCGAGGCAGAUGCACAGGCUCUCGGAGGCCUGGUCUGUGACCUGCCUGGGAAAUUUGUGGCCAAAUCUUCUCAAGUCCUCCUUCCCCGGCUGGCGGGCUGCCGAGGACCCCUGAACCAGGGCCAGGAAGAGGCAGUCAGGGAGGCUCUGAGGAGUGGACGAUCCCCGUAUGGCCCCCCAUUAAAGUGGUCAGUCUCCACUCUGGACGCUCUGCAGGGCCUGCUGGCAGUGUUGGAUGAGUCCAUCGUCCACAGCAUCCCCAAGGAUGUCAUAGCUGAAUGGUUGCAACACAUCUCCCGAGGCCCCUCCUGGCUGGGGCCUGAGCUGACGGCCAUGCUCCCAAGAUUCAGGCGGGACACAGAGGAGAAAGCCUGCCCUCCGGGGCAGGAGCCCCAAGAAGUGGAUGAAAACCUCAUCUUCUACCAGAAUUGGGAGCUAGAGGCCUGUGUGGAUGGCGCCAUGCUGGCCACCCAGAUGGACCUUGUGAAUGAGAUUCCCUUCACCUAUGAGCAGCUCAACAUCUUCAAGCACAAACUGGACAAGACCUACCCACAAGGCUAUCCCGAGUCCCUGAUCCAGCAGCUGGGGCACUUCUUCCGAUACAUCAGCCCUGAGGACAUCCGCCAGUGGAAUGUGACCUCGCCAGAGACAGUGAAAACUCUGCUCAAAGUCACCAAAGGACAAAAGAUGGAUGCUCAGGUGAUCGCCCUGGUUGCCUGCUAUCUUCGGGGAGGAGGCAUCCUGGACCAGGACAUAGUAAAAGCCCUGGAUGACAUCCCUUUAACCUACCUGUGUGACAUUGGACCCCAGAAUCUGCACUCUAUACCCUCCAGUGUCAUGUGGCUGGUUAAACCCCAAGACCUGAGUGAGUGCAGCCAGAGGCAUCUGGGUAUCCUCUAUGAAAAGGCGUGCUUGGCUUUCCAGAAUGUGAGCAGUCAGGAAUACUUUGAGAAAAUCAGGCCAUUCCUGGGUGGGGCCUCUGUGGAGGACCUGAGGGCCCUCAGCCAGCAGAAUGUGAGCAUGGACUUGGCCACUUUCAAAAAGCUGCAGAUGGAUGCCCUGCUGGGGCUGACUGUGCCUGAGGUCCAGAAACUUUUAGGGCCACACAUUGUGGGCCUGAAGACCGAAGAGGAUAAAAGCCCUGUCCGCGACUGGAUCUUCAGGCAGCGGCAGGAAGAGCUGGACAGGCUGGGUUUGGGACUUCAGGGUGGCAUCCCCAGUGGCUACCUGGUCCUGGACCUCAAUGUCCGAGAGGCGUUUUCCAGUGGAGCCCCAUUCCUUGGACCAAGAUUUGUACUUGCAUGGAUUCCAGCUCUGCUCCCAACUUUAAUACUGAGCUGACACCAUCACCCCUAAGGCUCCUGGCUCCAACCCUACUGGGGAGCCCCAUCUUGACCAGGAGCAGGUUCCAGGGGUUAUUGCCAGAGUUUGAGGACUCUUGAACUCAAUAAACAGUAGCAUUGGCCCCUUGA